CCCAAAACAAAACAUGACGACUUCCGCAAAGUUUCUUCCCGUUAUAAAUGUUUGGGUAAUUUUCCUGGUCUGUAGUAUUCCCUUUAGCGUAUCCCAGGCCAGUUUUCCCUUCAGGAACACGUCCUUGCCAUGGCAGGACCGCGUGGACGAUCUGGUCGGCAGGCUGACGAUGGAAGAGGUGAUCGUGCAGAUGUCGAGGGGAGGGGCGCACGAGAACGGCCCCGCGCCCGCCAUCCCGCGGCUUGGCAUCCCGCCGCACCAGUGGAACACCGAGUGUCUCCGGGGGGACCCCGAGGCAGGGCCCGCCACGGCCUUCCCGCAGGCUCUCGGGCUGGCAGCGACAUUCAGUACUGAAGUAAUCCAUGCGGUAGCGGAGGCCACGUCUAGAGAGGUGCGGGCCAAGUACAACAACUACACCCAGCAUCAGGAGUACGGAGAUCACACCGGCAUCAGCUGCUUCAGUCCUGUCAUCAACAUCAUGAGACAUCCUCUCUGGGGCAGGAACCAGGAGACCUAUGGAGAGGACCCUUACCUGAGUGGGAGCCUGGCACAGAGCUUUGUGCAGGGUCUACAGGGGGACCAUCCCCGCUACAUCAGGACUAAUGCAGGCUGUAAGCACUUCGACGUUCACGGAGGUCCUGAGAACAUACCGUCCUCCAGGUUCAGUUUUGACGCUAAGGUGUCAGAGAGGGACUGGCAUAUGACGUUCCUGCCACAGUUUCAGAAGUGUGUGGAGGCUGGGACAUACAGCAUCAUGUGCAGUUACAACAGUAUCCGAGGCGUGCCAGCCUGUGCCAACAAAGAACUCCUGACGGACAUCUUGAGAGACAGCUGGGGCUUCCAUGGUUAUGUUGUGAGUGACGAGGGCGCAGUGGAGAACAUCAUGCUGAAACAUCACUACACGAAGACAUUUGAAGAGACAGCAGCGGCAGCUGUGAAUGCUGGUACAAACCUGGAUCUGACCGUAUCCAAGCUGACCAAUGCAUACGACCACAUCAGUAAGGCUGUUACAAGUGGACUUAUCUCAAACCAGACGCUAACAGAGCGUGUGAAGCCCCUGUUCUACACCAGGAUGCGGCUGGGAGAGUUUGACCCCCCACAGAUGAACCCCUACAGUAAGCUGUCCGUGACAGAUGUGGUACAGAGUGCUGAACACAGGGAGUUAGCAGUGGAGGUGGCACUCAAGACAUUUGUACUGCUGAAGAACAACGACAGCGUGCUACCACUGGCUGGGAAAGUCACCACUCUCGCUGUAGUUGGCCCCUUUGCUGACAACCUUGGUGCCCUGUACGGAGACUAUGCACCUAUUCCUGAUCCCAAAUUCUCAUCAACACCUUUGCAAGGACUGUCUUGCCUUGCUGGAAAAACCCAACAUGGUGCAGGGUGUAAGGGGUCGGACCCUGUUUGUGAGGACUAUGAUCAGCAAGACGUCAAGAUGGCAGUGGAAGGAGCAGACCUAGUGGUGGUGUGUCUGGGGACAGGUGCUGCUAUAGAGAGUGAAGGAAGGGACCGUGCUGACCUCUCCUUGCCCGGCAAACAGCUUCAGCUGCUGAAGGAUGCUGUCAGCUAUGCCUCCUCCAAACCAGUUGUUCUCCUGUUGUUCAAUGCUGGACCAUUGGACAUCUCUUGGGCAAAGGACAACGAUGCAGUGAAGGCGAUUGUGGAGUGUUUCCUCCCAGCACAGGCCACAGGGGAGGCACUGAGAAGAAUGUUUCUCAAUGAAAACAAUGCCAACCCUGCAGGCAGACUGCCCUUCACAUGGCCAGCAAGCAUGGACCAGGUGCCAGCAAUGGAGGAUUACACCAUGGAUGGAAGGACGUACCGCUACUCAACUUGGGACCCCCUGUACCCUUUUGGCUUUGGCCUGUCCUACGCACAGUUUAUGUACGACUAUCUACACGACCACGUGCUGCCAACAACCAUCCAGCCAUGUGACAACGUCACUGCCGUGGUUCGAGUGACCAACAUUGGGAAUGUCACUGGAGAUGAGGUUGUGCAGUUUUACCUGGAGUGGGGUAGCAGCUCUCUCCCCGUGCCCAUCCGACAACUCAUCAACUUCACCCGAGUCACGCUCCUGCCCAACCAGCAGAGGUUCAUUAACGUCACCAUCACGCCACGAGAGAUGGCGGUCUACACCGACCAAUGGGUGGUGCCGGCCGUGGGGAUGACCGUGUUCGCGGGCGGUCAGCAGCCGCUACAGAACACUGCCAUCGUGUCCAACGUGGCGUACGGAACGUUCACCAUCACUGGGAAGGAUACUCCUCUCAAGAACUGUGGCCACGUCGGACCAUAGCAGUGUUCUAGCGAGUCUGAUUUUUUUUUCCGUCAUCUCAAUUUUGUUUGACGUAAUAUUAUGUUGAGUGCCCAACACAACAAUCCUAGGGGUCCGGGGGCAUACUCUUGGAAAUUUUUAAAUCUCAACCUUCUGAAAUGCUAUUUCCUGUAUUUUGAGGGGGAAAUUUUGCUGGUAGACUAAGCUUAGUUUAAUGAUAUCUCUUUCUAUAGUUAUACAUGCCGAUUUUUGUAUUUAAAAAAUGACGGAUUUAGCAAAAUGUCUGCCAUGAGCGGCAAAAUUCCCUCAAAUGAUGGAAAGACAGACCCUGGCUACAAACAACACUGACUCAGAGUAACAUUUUUCUUUGUAAUCAAUGGUUCCAACAUACCCAAAGAAAGAGAUGUUUAAUGUUCAUAGGACUUUGAUAUAAAUUGUGAAUCAGAUCUAGUGUUAAGUAUUGAUUACAAAAUAAUAUCUACGAGUAUGAUCAGGGCAUUGUAAUUUCAGAGAGGAUUUUGGAAAUAAAAAGGGCAGGCCCCUGAUCCUUAAUCCAUUGUUACAGGUACAUAAUAUAAAAUUCCUUCAGGAUGAUAUGUAUUUUAAAAUGGAAGCAAAUAUAGUAGAUACUAGAGUACUACUCACUAAAGUAGUUUUUCAUUAAAUGAAUGUAUAAGAAAGGAUAAAAACAUUUAAGCCACUAUGCAAAACUUCUUGCCACUAUGCAAUUUUUUAAAUAAUUGUAGCUUUUGUACAUGAAUACUGACAGGAUUUUUAUGGUUGCAUUUAUUUGCAGAUACAUUUGCCUAAUUAUGGCUGUAAUCAUUGAAAAUGACUGUUUUCACAUGAAUGUUAAGAAUGAAUAAUUAUGAUGACAGAAUAAGAAAUUGAGAUUUACACAUACAUAGAGUUCUGUGUUGUUUUUUGGCACAUCAUGUGCUGAAACUGGUGGUGAAAUAUCCUCUAUGAUUUAGUAGUAGAAAAGCCAGCAUAGUGUUCCAUCAACAAAACAGUAUCACUAUGUAGGGCUGUAAAACUGUUCAGAAGCCACUGACAUUAUUUCUUCUACAUACUUCAUUAGGUGGUAACAGUCAAUGCAGCAAAUAAAAAUCCUCAUACACCUACUAUAAACCCAGUACAUGGACCAGUGCAGGUAGACA